AACACCUCUGUGCCCAGUUGAAGCAAAAUGCUGUACUUAUUUUGGCUUGCCAAUUUAAAUAUGUGAUGGCUUAUAGCUACCGUAGUAUAUAUGUAACAAAUUAGUUUUAGAAAGUUAACUAGAGUCACAUUUGUAGUAUAAUCGUUCCGGCAGGCGACAAGGGAAUUCCUGGGUUUAUUCAUCAGUUUAUGUUUGAGUGAUAUCGCGCCAAACGUGUUACUGAGUGCCAACAAGUUUACAGAAACAUCCUGGGUUAAUUUUGAGUAAAUUAAUGUGAUUGUCAAUACGUAUUUUCUUUAGUGAUUAAUACUUGAAAAUGGAUUCCUGGGGGAUACUCAACGUUGAUACAGCUGCGGCUGCUAUAUCAAGGGAUGAUAUGUCCAGUUUUAGGAGAAAACAAGCCAUGACUAUUGAAAAAUUACCGGAUAAAGUCUUGUUAAAUAUUUUUUCUUAUCUGACUCACCGAGAAAUAUGUCGUAUGGCCACAGUCUGCAAGCGAUGGCGAAUGGUUGCCUAUGACACACGACUUUGGACUCAUGUCAGCUUGCGACCUGAAAUAUCAGGAUUGCAUGUUGGGUCAUUGGAAUCUCUUCUCGCUCUGAUUUCAAUAAGAUUUGGCCCAUCGCUGCGUUAUAUAGAACUGCCCAUUGAACUUAUCACACACACCGUGCUGCACGAAUUGGCGGCAAAAUGUCCCAAUCUGACUCAUAUGCUGCUAGAUUUCAGUACCGCUAUGCAACUGCACGAUUUCUCGGAGAUGCAAGCGUUCCCCACCAAGUUGAAGUACCUGUGCAUCUGUCUGUCUGAGGUCAUCUUCAUGGAGGGCUUCAUGAGGAAGAUAUAUAACUUCAUCAAUGGAUUGGAGAUUCUGCAUCUUAUUGGCACUUACGAAAAGGUGGAAGAAGAAGAGGAGGAGAUUUACGAGGUGAUCAACGUUCACAAGCUGAAGUCUGCGACGCCCAACCUGCGGGUCAUCAACCUUUACGGCAUCAACUUCGUGGACGAUUCACAUAUUGACGCCUUCAGCUCCAACUGCAUACAAUUGGAAUGCCUAGCCGUGAACUACUGCAACAAGGUGACGGGGUCGACCAUGAAGACACUAUUCCAGCGCUCGCGGCGGCUGACCUGUCUGCUCAUGAACGGAUGCAGCCUGCAGUCGGAGCACGUGAUGGGAGUGGAGUGGGAGAAGUCCUCCAUCCAGGAGCUGGACGUCACGGCCACCGACCUCUCGACCGACUGCCUCGUAGACAUGCUCACUAGGAUUCCCAACCUUAGGUUCCUGAGCGCUGGCCAGAUCAAUGGGUUCAACGACUCUGUGCUAAAGGCGUGGUCAGAGUCAGGCAUGGCUAGGAACCUUGUGGCGCUGGACGUGGACUCGUCGGACAACUUGUCGGACGACGCGUUGCACAGGUUCCUGUCGCGCCACGGCGCGCAGCUGUGGGGGCUCGUGCUCAGCGGGAUGCCGCACAUCACCGACCAGCUCUGGCAGAGCGUCCUGCAGCUGCUAACUAACGCCAAAAUCUUGAUCAUGGGAACACAGGAGCGACUCGGUGUUAACAUCCACGUAGAUCAGUUGAUGGAUGGCAUCGCCAACAACUGCCCCAUUCUGGAGCGACUGGAGCUCCGUUGGGACCCCGAAAACUUGCGUUUCAGCGACAAAAGCCAGAAAGCCAUAGAUAUUCUGAGAGUCAAGUGUCUGAAGCUCAAGUGCUUAGUGCUGAGUGACGGGCGUUACUACGAGAUCGUGAAAGCGAACUUCGAGCGCGCGGAUCGCACGACCGUCGUCCGCACUUCCACCAAUUGCAGAGUCUCCAACUAUUACCUGCUGUCAAACUACAAAGAUCUUAUAUUCAAUUAGGUCAUUAUUUAGAACAACACAUGUUUAGAUCCCACUUCUGAUUCUUGUUAUAACAGUUUUGUAUAUAUUUCAAUUGAAAUCACUUUACAUGUAUAUAGGAAAUAAUUGAUCACUAUCGAAUAUUUUUGAGAUAACAAAAUAAUAUAAACGCUUCGAUAAUCUUUUUUAUUGAUGAAGUAUCGAAAUACAUUCAAUUUUUAUUUAUGUAAAUGACGAUCAAUUACCCUGUUUUAAAUUCUAGACAUCCAAUACAAUUUUUAUAAUAAAUAUUAUACUGAAAGCGUAUUUAACGAAGUUUUUAAAGAUAUUUUACAAGGUGUACUAUGGAAUUUUUACUACUGUUGAUACCAUUACUGUUUUCUAUAACAAUAAAAUACUUAAGCAUAAAA